UACACUGUUUUAUUAAAUAUUUAUAGCGUGUGUCAUUUGUGGUAAGUUGAUUGGGUAUUGUGAAAAAAAAGUUAGAAUAUUUCUGUUAAAUAAUUUUAAAAAUAAUUCCAAGACAGAUUUUACGUAAAGGGUAAUAUCUUACGACUUAUAUACUGAACAAUCUUACUCAACAUUAAUAAAAAAACGAUACUUAAAAAACUUUUAAAGUUUCUGUAAUAAAAUGGAUUUAUCAAAAGUUCAGCUUGCUGCAAUGUUGGAAUGCAAGAUUUGUUUGGACACCUAUCAUCAGCCCAAACAACUGAACUGCGGACAUACUUAUUGUUAAGCUUGUCUAGAUGAUAUUUUAGUGUUUAUGGAAGAUGGAAGUGCUGAACUGCCUUGUCCAGUAAGAUGUACUAAAAAGACAAUAAUUACACAGGAAGAAACAACUUCCUCAUUAAUGACCGUGUUUGCAUUAACUGUCAUUUUGGACAAAGUGUCAACUGGUAAAAAUGUUAAAUGUUUAUGUCAGCAAAGUAAAGAAUGUAAGCAGAUAAGCAGCUAUUCCUGUACAACAUGCAGUGUAAAGAUCUGUGAAAAAUGUCAAAACCUUCAUUGUUGUUCCAACAAAUCAUAUAUCAAUGUCAUUUUCAAUCAAAAUUGCAAGAACUCCAACCAUUUUGUAAGCAACACAACUCGCUUGCAAAAUUUGUCUGUAUUGAUUGUGAAAAUUUGUUAACAUGUGUUUAUUGCAAACACCGACAACAUAAGAAUCACAGAAUCAAAGCGAUAGAUGAAUUUGGUGUGGAAGCCAAAAAGUGGUUUCAGUCGUUUAUUACAUCAUUCGAUGAAACAAAAGUGGUGUUGGAGAAGUUAACAAGAAAAUACAGUGACGCUCUAACAAAUUUAGAGAAAGAAAGGGAAGUAUUUGUUCAAAAAUUAAAAGAAAGAAAGUUAAAACGAUUAGAAGAGUAUCUCAAAAUGUUAAAUAAAGAAGAAGAAGAUCUAUUGCGGAUAUUCGAUGAGAAAUCUAAAGAAUUUAAAGCAAAAUUGACUUGUGAUGGUUUUGUCGACAAUAAGAAAGUACAAGAAUUUACAGAUUACGUUCAAACUUUUAAUUUAAAAUCUCAUUUUGAGUUAGUUACUGAAAAGUUGGAAAUUGAACGACAACUUCGCAGGCUAUCCUCGUUUCCAAGAACUAUCCCAACAUUCAGUUCACAUCUUCAUCAAAUGAACAAAGCAGAUAUUUUGUCAAAUCCAUUGGGCGAGAUGAAAAUUUCAAUUGAUGAAAUCACCACUGCUGGUGUAGAUCCCAAUAAAUGUUCUGUUUAUAGAAACUUGAUUGAUGAAGAUGAAACCCAACCAAACUAUGCCCAAUUAACAACUGAUCUAAUGAACUUGGUUGAAACUCUGAAAAAGUACGAGAAACCAAAUGUAAAUCCUCGUUCUGGAAAACAACAGCAGAAUGAUGUAAAGCCAAAAGGUUUCCAGCUUGCUAAGAAGAGUUACUCUUUUGAAGAACUUGAAAAAAUCAUUGAAAAUGGCGAUAUCAAGACAUUUCAAACAAUUCUUAUUGAUCAUCCAGAUAUCGUUAAAAUGAGAAGUGGUUAUUAUGAAACAACACUGUUGAUUAUAGCAGCACGUUACAAUAAACCAUCUAUAGUGAAAUAUUUGAUCGAUGCUGGUAGCGAUGUGUAUGCUGUGAAUAAAGAUAAAUGGAAUGCAUAUCACUACAGUGCAAGUUGUGGUCAUCGUGAUGUUUUGAAACUUUUAAUUAAUCAUGACGUAACAAACAUUAACAACGUAAACAAUAACAAUGACACACCAUUACAACUUGCAUCUUUUUUCGGUCAUACUGAUUGUGUGAAGUUGUUGUUGUCUAUACCACACAUCGAUGUCAAUAUACGAAACACUGACAAUAACACACCAUUACAUCUUGCAUCUGCUUAUGGUCAUAUUGAUUGUGUGAAGUUGUUGUUGUCUAUACCACACAUCGAUGUCAAUGUACGAAACAGAUGGAACGAAACUGCCUAUGAUGUUCCUUGUAAUAACACUAUCAAACGUUUAUUACAAGAACAUCAAAGAAAUUAAGAACAUUUUCAGACAAUUAUAUUUUUUAAUUUACGUAAGCAAAUUAUUAAAAGCAUAUAUCGUCUUUUUUAUUAGAACUAUAGAUUAUAGUAGAA